UUUAUUUCAAUUUGAUUAAGAAUAUUCUCAUAUCUCAUAUGAAUAAUUCAUCAAUUUGUUAGCACAUUCGAAUAAUUCAAACCGAAUAUGCUUUCAUUUUUUAUUUCAUUUCCAGAAACUCGUACAUUUUAGGUUGUUUUGGAAAUUCAAUUCUGUUUUAUUAGGUUAGAGGAUUUUAAGAAUUUUAACAAACAACGUUAAUUUAGCAACAUGCAAGCUUGGGGGAGGUUAGGAGGUUAUAUAAGACGCGGUGUGUGCAAUGUUUCGGGGCCGUUUCUUCCGUUCGGCGGUGCUGUUGAUAUUAUCGUUGUUCAGCAGAAAGAUGGUAGCUUUAAAUCUUCUCCUUGGUAUGUUAGGUUUGGGAAAUUUCAUAGGGUUAUGAAGGCGGCGAAGAGGGAAAAGGUUAAGGUUAGUGUUAGUGUUAAUGGGGUUGAAACUGAUUUUCAUAUGUGUUUGAGUCCUAAAGGGGAAGCUUUUUUUCUUCAUGGGAAUUUGCAACAUGGUGAAGGAGAAGAAGAAGAGCAAGAGGGACAAGAUGAGGAAGAAGAUGGGAUAGGAUCUAUGUGGUGUUAUGAUGAUAUUCAAGUGAGUGGUAGUAAUAAGAGGCAAUUUAAGUCCAAAAGUUGUAACUUUCGUUCGGAGGUUCCGGUUGUAGAUAGGACUAGUUCUCGCCGUUCAAGAAUGUGUAGGCUUGUAUUUGGGCCGAGUUCUGAUGGUGGUGAUGGUGAAGAUGCGGAUGCGGAUUUAGUGGAGCGCGCUGAAAUUGCAGCCAAGUUGUUGGAUUUAAGGUGGUCUACAAAUAUCACUUUUGAUGAACUUCCCUAUCGGGAAAGAAAGAAGACUCAAGGUGAUAAGUUGGACAAGGAGAGAGGCAAGACUGAAGAAUCUGGUGAGGUUCUUCGCCUUGCAAGUGAAGUAUGUGGAGAAGUUCAUGUCCAUGAUAAGGUUUUGCACACUACAACUCUUCAGCUACCUGAGGGUGGAAAAGCUGACGGAGUUACUAGGAGUGUCCAUCUCGAGAGGCCGGUAACAGAUUGUGGCAUUUGUGAUGUUGCGGAUGUUGGAAGCAGGGCAAAGUUUCAAAAAUCUCAGACUGUCAAUAUUGGUCGAAGGGAUCGUUCUGUUAAGAAGGUUAGCGUAAAUACUCCAACGUCUGAACAACUGUCAUCCUUGAAUCUGAAGGAAGGGAGGAACACAAUAACCUUCUGUUUCUCUACACCUAUGAUGGGGAUGCGGCAGAUUGAUGCUCGAAUAUUUUUGUGGAAAUGGAAUACUCGCAUAGUGAUAUCAGAUGUGGAUGGGACAAUUACAAGGUCAGAUGUUCUAGGUCAAUUCAUGCCUUUAGUUGGGAUUGACUGGUCACAGACUGGUGUUGCUCAUUUAUUUUCUGAUAUCAAGGAGAAUGGCUACCAGUUGCUUUUUCUCAGUGCUCGUGCAAUUUCUCAAGCACAUAACACCAGACAAUUCCUAUUCAACCUUAACCAGGACGGGAAAGUCUUACCAGAUGGUCCAGUUGUUAUUUCCCCCGACGGACUUUUUCCUUCUUUAUAUAGAGAAGUUAUCCUCAGGGCUCCGCACGAGUUCAAAAUUGCAUGUUUAGAGGACAUCAGGGCACUUUUUCCUCCUGAUUGCAAUCCGUUCUAUGCUGGUUUUGGAAAUAGAGAUACUGAUGAAAUCAGCUACCUUAAGGUUGGAAUCCCUAAAGGAAAAAUAUUCAUUAUUAAUCCCAAGGGUGAGGUUUCUAUAAACCGACGGUAUUUAGACACAAAUUCAUACACUUCUCUUCACACUCUCGUGAAUGGAAUGUUUCCCCCUACAAACUCAUCUGAACAGGAGGAUUACAAUUCAUGGAACUUCUGGAAGUUGCCCCCUAUCUGAUAAAUAUUGUAGGGCUUUUUGACAUUCAUUGGUCAAUCAUCUUUGUCUGGUGCGCGGAUGGAAGAAGGCUGUGCUGUUCCUAGUAGAACUGUAGAAACUAAAUAGUUGAUGUGCUGCUAAGCCCCAUGACAAGAGCAUCGUUCUAAUGUUUACUCCUGCUGCCGGAUUAUUGGCGAUUUGGAUUAUAUUACAUUGAUAGAGAAUUCAUGGAAGUACGUGAAAAUUUUCAACUGCAUCUUGCUUCAACAUCAGCACUUCCUGAAACUUGAUGCUGUGAAUAUUAGAUACAACCUUUGGUUUUUUUCCACCAAGCAGUUCGUCGUGUCGACGGUGAUGAUCCCAUGAAGAACAAGUUCAAUUGCAUUGGAUAUUUAUGGAUAUGAGUAUGAUCACAAAAAUCUCUUGACUAGAUUCCCACCGAUUUAACAUACUCUCAUAGUACCGAUGAAUUCAACGCUUUGUAUAUAUGCAUCUAAUCUAGAAUUUCUUCUCUUCACUUUCAUUUUGCCAACAAGUAAAAAACCAUCUUCACUCUUCAAUCAGUGUUGAAAUGUAAUUUAAAUUAGUGAGUUACUUGAGUUAUGAUAGAAACAAUAAUAAUAAUUUACCGUUACCAGGACAAUUAAUUCAUCAUGCCUCUAGUGGUCCCAGAGUUUGGAAAGUAUAUUCUAGAAGGGGUAAAACGGGGAUUUGAGGCUGAGUUAGUUAGUAAUCAUGAGGUGGCAUGAAAGAGGGGAGCAGGGCAUUUACGGAAUAUAAGGAACAGUUAGUGGAGAGAAUAAUCAUCUCUGGAUUUGGCAGUUAGAUUUAGAGAGAAUGAAUAGGAUACCCUAAGAUCCUAUAGGAGCGUAGCUCUUGGCCCAUGCUGGGAUUGAUACUUUCUAUUCUCUGUACUAUUUUCAUUUACCAUCAAUAAAGCUUCCUUUUCUCCUCUUU